CUGACCACAAGUGGCAGGAAGUUACACUAAUUACCCAGACUCACAGACACACACUUGCUAAAAUGGAGAAACUUGAUCACAGACAAAUGACACAUUUUAAGAGCAAAUGGACUUUGGUCAAGGCUCUAACCACUUGUAUCCAUUAGUCCAUUACGUAGCCCAUAGCAGAUGAGAAGCUUUGUGUUGCUGAUCAAUACAGUUUAGUGUCCACCUGGGCGAGGCAGUCGACACACUGCAAGGAGAAGACAUCAGUCGCAGUUCUUACAGGAUCCUUACAAGACAGAGGAGCUUCUUCAGAUGAAGGCAUCGGAGGAGAAUAUGUCAGAACUGGAGGGCAGCAUGGUCACUAUUAUCCAAGUCUUCCACAAAUACUCGGGUCACAAGUGCAAGCUGAAGAAAGCAGAGCUUAAAGACCUUAUCAACAACGAGAUGAGUCAUUUCAUAAUGAAAAUCCACGAGAACGACACUCUGGAUCAGCUCUUUGCAGACCUCGACCAGAACGGAGACCUGGAGAUCGACUUCAAAGAGUUCAUCGCCCUCAUCGCGAUGGUCACCUCAGCGUGCCACGAGCUCUUCACCCCAAACCCCACUCUACAAUAAUAAUUAGUAUGUAGACCUAUUACUCAUUAAACAUUUGAGCAUCACUGAGUGUCUGAAUUUUUUUUUAAGCGGGCCUGAAUGAUUAGUGCAUAUGAUGACAA